AUGGGCAUGGCAAUAGCAAUGGGGGUCAUGAGUUUGCUAUGCUCAUUUCUAGCCGUCCUGACUACCACCAUGGUGACCGCUAGCGACGAGGCCGCGUUGCUUGCUUUCAAAGCGCAGGUUAGCGAUGGUGACUCGCUGGCCUCGUGGAACAGCAGCGUUGGCUUCUGCAACUGGGAAGGCGUGACUUGCAGCCAUCGGAGACCUGAGAGAGUGGUGGAGCUGAGAUUGGACAGCAAGACGCUCGCUGGAGUGCUCUCCCCGGCCAUCGGAAACCUCACAUUCCUGCGAACGCUCAAUCUGAGCUUCAACUCGCUACACGGGGAGAUUCCGGCGAGCAUCGACCGCCUUCGCCGCUUGCAGAGGCUCGAUUUGGGCCACAACUCCUUCUCCGGUACAUUCCCUAUGAACCUGACCUCCUGCAUCAGCAUGACCAUAAUGGCACUGCCCAACAACAAGCUUGGCGGGCACAUCCCGGCUGACCUCGGCAAGAAGCUCACGUCCCUGGCAGUGAUCUCACUGAGAGACAACCACUUCACAGGGUUCAUCCCGACAUCUCUGGCCAACCUGUCCCAUCUACAAUACCUCGAUCUCACCACUAAUCAGCUUGUGGGCUCAAUCCCACCAGAGCUCGGAAGAUUCCAGCGCAUGCAGUUCUUCAGCCUUGUCGGAAAUAACCUCUCUGGUAUGCUCCCACCUUCUCUCUACAACUGGUCAUCGGUGGAAGUAUUUUCAGUAGGGUUUAAUAUGUUGUACGGAAGCAUUCCGGAUGAUAUUGGCGACAAGUUCCCUAAGUUGGAAUAUCUCGGCUUAAUUCGUAAUCACUUCAGUGGAGCCCUCCCUUCAUCACUGUCCAAUAUGUCUAGUCUCACGAAUCUUAAUAUUGGGCGAAAUAGAUUUAGUGGUUAUGUGCCUUCCACUUUGGGGAGGCUCAUAGCUCUCCAGAGACUGCACUUGGGUGAAAAUGAGCUCAAAGCAAAUGACAACAAGGGGUGGGAAUUCAUCACUUCUUUGGCAAACUGCAGCCAACUGCAGGUAUUGGUACUCGCAAACAAUAAUUUUGGAGGACAACUGCCAGGUUCAAUUGUGAACCUCUCAACGACUCUCACAGGGUUAUACUUAAUGGAUAAUAGGAUCUAUGGAAGUAUCCCUGCAGAUAUUGGAAAUCUGAUUGGUCUGGAAAUACUUGGAAUAGCAAAUACUUCCAUUUACGGAGUGAUUCCAGAGAGCAUCGGUAAGCUAGAGAACUUGAUCGAGCUAUCCGUGUACAAUAAUAGCUUGUCUGGCCUCAUACCAUCAUCUCUAGGGAACCUUUCGCAGUUGACUAGGCUUGUCGCAGACCAUGGAAACUUGGAGGGGACCAUUCCAGCAAGCCUGGGGAAGUUGAAAAACCUAUUCUUACUUGAUUUGUCAGCUAACUACAGACUCAAUGGUUCAAUACCCAUAGAGAUUUUCAAAUUACCUAGCCUUUCUUGGUAUUUGGACCUGUCAUACAAUUCCCUUUCUGGACCCCUUCCUAAUGAAGUUGGUAGUUUGGCAAAUCUUAACCACCUGGCUCUAUCAGGAAACCAGUUGUCUGGCAAGAUACCCGAUAGUAUUAAGAAUUGCAUAGUGUUGGAAAGGCUAUCAUUAGACAACAAUUCAUUUGAAGGAAGCAUACCUCGGUUGCUAGCAAACAUAAAGGGGCUCAGAGUAUUGAAUCUGACCAUGAAUAAGUUAUCUGGUAAUAUUCCUGAUGCCAUGGGCAAUAUUGGAAACCUGCAGGAACUAUACCUAGCACAUAACCACUUGUCAGGGCCAAUCCCACUAGUUCUACAGAAUUUGACAUCCUUGUUUGAAUUGGAUGUAUCCUUCAACAAUUUGCAAGGUGAGGUGCCAAAUGAAGGUGUUUUCAGAAACAUCACUUACUUAGCAGUUGUUGGGAAUGUAAAUUUGUGUGGCGGUACACCUCAACUUCAUUUGGCUCCAUGCUCCACAAGGCACUUAAGCAAGAACAAAAGAAAGAUGCCAAAGUCUAUUGUAAUUUCACUAGCGACAGCUGGAGCAAUCUUGUUCUCACUUUUGGUUAUUUUUCUUGUUUGGAUACUUUGCAAGAAGCUCAAACCAAGACAAAAGACAUUAGCACAACAUUCAAUUGUUGAUGACCAUUACAAGAGAAUCCCGUAUCAUGCAUUAUUGAGAGGAACUAACGAGUUUUCAGAAGCCAACUUGCUUGGGAGAGGAAGUUAUGGUGCAGUUUAUAAGUGUGUUUUGGACACUGAAGAAAGAACAUUGGCUGUCAAGGUGUUCAAUCUGGGUCAAUCAAGAUAUUCCAAGAGUUUUGAGGCUGAGUGUGAGACUAUGAGAAGGAUACGACACCGUUGUCUCAUUAAGAUCAUUACUUCUUGUUCGAGCGUUAACCACCAAGGUCAAGAGUUUAAGGCAUUGGUUUUUGAGUUCAUGCCCAACGGUAACUUGGAUGGCUGGCUUCAUCCAAAAUCUCAAGAAGCCACUACAAACAACACUUUCAGCCUUGCCCAGAGGCUUGAUAUUGCUGUUGAUAUUGUGGACGCAGUAGAAUAUUUGCACAACUACUGUCAGCCAUUGGUAAUCCACUGUGAUCUUAAGCCAAGCAACAUUCUUCUUGCUGAAGACCUGAGCGCCCGAGUUGGAGACUUUGGCAUAUCAAGGAUCCUUCAAGAAAAUACAAGCGAAGGGAUGCAGACUUCAUAUGGCUCAACUGGACUUAGAGGUUCCAUAGGCUAUGUUGCUCCAGAGUAUGGGGAAGGCUCUGCUGUCUCAACCGCUGGUGAUAUUUAUAGUCUUGGCAUACUACUGCUUGAGAUGUUUACGGGAAGAAGCCCAACAGAAGGCACGUUCGGAGAUUCAUUGGGUCUGCAUAAGUUUGUCGAGGAUGCUCUUCCAGAUAGAACCUUGGAGAUAGCUGACCCGACAAUGUGGUUGCACAGCGGACAACACAAUAACACUACAAGCAUUAGAAUUCAGGAAUUAUUGGUUUCAGUCUUGAGCCUUGGCAUAUCCUGCUCAAAGCAACAUCCUCGUGACCGAGCACUGACAAGAGAUGCAACAACGGAGAUGCACGCAAUUAGAGAUGCAUACCUCAAGUUCAUAGGGGAGCAUGGAGCAGAACGAGAAGCCUCGACUCAAGAAAUUCAGAGCAGCGUUGCAUAA